AUGGGGGCGAAAUGGCUCAUCGGCGUCGGCGUCAAUUUGGUGGGGAGCAUUCUGAUCAACCUGGGCACGAACGUGAUGAAGCUCGGCCACAACAAGCGCGCUGCGCUACCCCUGGCCGAGGCCGACAAGCCGCCCAUCAGCCGCUUCAGGGAGUGGCAGUUUGGCGUGGCGGCCUUCACUGUCGGCAACGUCGCCAACUUCUUGUCCUUCGGUUACGCUGCGCAGUCGCUGCUGUCCGCCAUAGGGUGCGUCCAAUUUGUGUCCAACGUGAUCUUCGCGUCGCUGGUGCUCAAGGAGAAGGUCACCCGCAGCGUGCUGGCCGCGACGGCGUGCAUUGUGGCGGGCUGCGUGCUGCUGGUGUCUUUUGGCGACCACUCCUCAUCGGUGUUCACGGCCAAGGACCUCUUAAGAUUCUAUGCAGAGCCGGUCUACAUAUCGUAUCUGUCUGUGUCCACGGCGGCCGUGGUGGGCUGCUAUACACUGUACAACAUGGGCAGGCGCCGCACACUGUGA